AUGUCGAGGAAGGCCGACGAAUCCGAAAAGCUCGCCAAUGCUGUCGAUACAACGAUAAUGGGGGCAAAGAUAAUGAAAGAAGCAACGCAAGUGAGCCCUUUCCUAGCACCGUUGAAGGCGGUAGCGGUCGAGUUGAUCCGAGUGCUAGAGGCUGUUCAGGCAGAGAGAAUGCAGAAGCGUCACCAGGAUCUGUUAAGACAAUGCAUCCAACAGCGGAUCAAGGAGCUCACGGAACUAGAGAGCAGCGACGGUUUGCGUGACCUGGCGAAUACUUACCGAGGGCGGUUACAAGAGAUCUUAGAGAAGAUGGACAUAUCUCCUAUCCCGAAGAGCAAACGGAAGUGGCGGAAAAUUUCCGCUAAGAGUGGAGAAGACAUCAAGUCUAUAGAUCAAGAACUAAGGUACUGGUACGAUGAUUUUAUGAUGAAAUUGGCACAAAGAACCAUCGAAGUCAACCGAGUCAACGAGGAAUACUCGGCAAUCAGAAGUCUCAAGACGGUAUCAGCAAAUGGAGACAUCCAUGGCAUUUGCAUGGAAGGGACUCGUCUCCAAAUCCUACAAGAAAUAAACGAAUGGAAGCACGCUAACGAUGCCCCCCAAAUCCUUUGGCUAUGCGAUGUGGCUGGAGCAGGAAAGUCGACCGUAGCAAAACAAUUGGUUGAAGCGUGGAAGGAGGAAAGUGGCUUUGCUGGAUGCUUCUUCUUCUCGAGAGAUGUGGAGGAAACACAAACAGCUAAAUAUUUCUUUAGUACAAUUGCUCAGCAAGGAGUGUCUCGCCUCAGUUCAAAAACUCAAACUGCUGUAGUGAAGGGCAUCCAUAAAAUCUCCGAUCCAGUAUCAGCUACUCUAGAGGAACAAUGCUGUGCUAUUUUUACCGAGCCACUUGAGGCCUUUGAGCAGCCCACAAUCCUUGUUCUUGAUGCCUUUGACGAAUGCGAGCCUCACACCGGACAAAAGCUUCUGGGCAUUCUGCUACAGCAACUAACUCACCUUCCUCAUCUCAAACUAUUCGUGGCCAGCAGGCCUGAACCGCAUAUUGAGGGAUUAUUACUAAAAGACCACUCCCCACAGAGAAUGUCUCUUCGUGAAGACCGCGCUUCGAAUUGUCAUGAUGUUGAAUGCUAUAUGCGACAGCAGUUACAUGAUCAAGGUCUGGAGGGGGAACAAAUCGACGCCCUGAUUACGCGGGCAGAUGGAUUGUUCAUUUGGGCCAGUACGGUCUGCAGCCUAUUCCAGGAGCCCUGCGAUCCAACAGAACUUCUUCAUGUUAUACUUUCUCAAUCGAUCCCCAAGAUGGACACCAUUUACCAUAUUGUACUUUCCCGGGCCUUAGGGAAGGAUCCAGUAGAAACAUGUGAAGCAGCCUACUUCAACGUGCUCAAGCUAAUUGUCGUGGCUUACAUACCUAUCUCCCCAAAUACUGUCGAUGAUUUACUAGAGGCUAGGUAUUCAAUGAAAGUCGUUAGCAGGUUAGGAAGUGUACUGGAAUGCCGUGGCCCAGAUCAGCCGAUACGAUUCCUACAUUCCACAUUCCGCGAGUUCUUGCUAACCGAAGAAAUCGAUUUUGCUCGUGCACAUUACUUUAUGAGCAAGAAAUGCCUUACUGUUAUGAAGAAACAUCUCGAAUACGACACUUAUAGGCUCUUAGACUGCGUAUAUCGCAAGAAAGGGCCCCGCAAGAUUGAUCUUUCUCGCCUCUCACCUGUGACAAUUGGAACUCAGAAGAACUGGUCUUCCGAUGUUGUCGUAAAGACACAUAAGAUCAAAGUCUUUCGAUGUUCACAAUUCGAUGCAGUAGCCGCAGCAGGAGGAAGCGAAGACGGAGUAGCUAUUGUAUCCCUCUGGAGCCUGGAUUCUGCUGACGGUGUCACUUCACCACACCCCUGCGGAACUCGUGACUGUGAGGUCAUUCAUGUAUCAUUUCACGAAGGAAACGAGUUGCGAACAGGAUGUGCAUGCGGGUGGCUUUAUAUUUGGGAGAUAUCCAAUAAUCACCUGGAAAUGAGUGAGAACCCGCCCUGGUCAACUGGCCGCGAAGUGCAAUUGUGGGCAGACGAUGGGAACAAAGCCCUUUCUAUGAUUCUAGUUGAUACCGAAUAUCCACUUGGUUCUCCGAGGAGGUGCUGCAUUUCAGUUCGAGGUCUAUCUGACAUGACCCAGGAACUUGGCACAAUCCCAGGGUUCAUAACAAACAAAAGAGGGAUAGCUACAUUCCACGGAUGUAUAUGGAUCUUUUCACCGCAAGGGGGGCAUAGUAUUGCCUACUGGGGGUCGGAAAUCAGAGUCUGGGAUACUCUUUCAGGUCAGAAAUUGUUCAGUAGAUCACCCCCUAUCAAGUCCUGCGACCUACUGUCCCUUCACUUCUCACCGGAUGCCCAAUAUAUUAUCUACGGUUCUAGAACUUCUAUUUGCUUUAUGUCUGCGAAAACUGGGGAUCUAGUAUGGAAAAAACCUCUACUUAAUAUAACGGGUCAUAAUUUUGGCUACCGUUCAGAGCAAGAUGAAGAGUGGGCUGCUACAGAUGAAGGCAGUGGCCUAGGAAGCUCAAAUGAUCUUUCAGCGGAUCAUGAGGCUAAGAUUCCACCGGAUUCUGUCCUAUUAUCUAUUCUGAGCACAAGCACGGCAGACCUAUUGUCACCUACCUAUUUCAACGGGUACGGUCUCUUUGCACGAUAUAAAGAUUCAGAAAAGAAAGGCAUAGGAGCCAUAAUUCGAGAAUAUAUCAACCGAGGUGCGAUCCAACUGGAGUCUACAGGAAUUCGUGAGGUUGAAGAUUAUACGGAUAAAUCCUCAGUUCUACCGAUCUUCACCAGCGAUUCUAUUACAUUCCGUUUUCCACAGUCAAAUCAAGAGCAUAAUGAAUGCGUCACUGGAGAGUUACCAGAAGUCUCAAAGUUUUCUCUAUCUUCUGAUGGUCUUUAUCUUUUGACGACACAUACACAACGGGGUAUUGGGAGAAAAUGCAGCAGUGACGCAGCCGCUUUGGCAGCUACUUUGACGGCCGUCUGGGCAGCCGUUUUGGCAAGCAUUGCUGAAUUAAUGGGGACAGGUGAUGUUGCCCUAACAAUUGCCAACCUGUUUUUCAAUACACUGCAUUUUUUCCAAGUGCCCCGCCAUGAUACGAACACGUACAACCAAGCUUACUUGCAGGGAAGCAACCUCAAAAGGCCGGUACGCGUGGAAAGCGAGUGUCCGUUCAAGUUAGAAGAGGACCAUUACAUAGAGUUUGCGCCAGAUUCGUCGACCGCAAUUAUUUGGGACGCUCAUAGACUAUACUUUGUGGACAUGGAAACGGCCCGGUCCACCUCUCCACCAAUAUCAGGGAAGCUCGUCAUGGAGCUCCCCGAUGUAUUCGCACUAUUCCACCAUGCAACAAAGUCAAACAAGUUGGUGUAUCUCCAUCAGAACGAUUCAUACCCGGAUUUCGAUAGUUCAUUCGUUGGGUUUGGCUUUGGAUCAAAUGGAUGCUCUAUAUGUGCUGCAACGACCGGUUUUUGGGAGGAAGGGGGAAUCAUCGUUUCGUCAGUUUUUCACGUGAAGAUAUCUGAUGACAGCCCACAACUCAAUGGAGUCAGUGGUCCAUUACCCAGGCCCGACGAGGCCCCAAUCUCCUCACAAACUAUCAGAGUCAACGAACAAAACAUAUUCUCACUGAUGUUUGAUCCGGAGCAUGACAGAACGGCCCCUUUGUUUUGGAACCCUUCAAACGGAAAAGGGGUCAACGUGGCUGCACUUUAUAUGAUGGGUAACCAAUUACAUUAUGGCAAGUAUAUGAUAUUAGGAUUACCUGACGUCGACGAAAUCCCUCGUCCAAUGGUCACAGGGACCAAUCGCAUUGCAUAUCUGAACAAUAAGGGAAAGGUGGUUGUCAUCGAUUGUUCCCUUCUCAUAGAAAAUGUGUAA